UCUUUUUUUUUUUUUUUUUGACUUUGCCAAGACAACCCUUUUUCAAAGAGCCUCAAUCUAAAUCUUCGGGAGUUCAGAAGGGAGUACGAAUAGUCGCUCACAUGCUGCUUGCUUGCUUCUUUCUCAGCAUAUUCACUUGAUAAAUCAAUCUCCGAAGCUGCAUUGAAAGUGCUGAAGAGAAGUCAAAGAGAAGUGAGAGAAGAGGUUAAUGGAGAGCAGUGAAGAUGAUGAUGAUUUCCCAUCCAUUGAAAGCAUCACUUCUCAGUCCAAGAUCGAUUCUGUCUUCCAAUCUCACACUGAAAAGGGAAUUAGAAGACUAUGUUGUGAGCUGUUGGAUUUGAAGGAUGCAGUGGAAAACUUAUGUGGUAAUGCGUGGACAAAUUUCUUGGCUUUCUUGAGACUAUCUGAAGAAGUUGUGGAAGCGGAGCAUGAGCUAAGGGAGCUGCGAAAGCAUAUUUCUGGUCAAAGGAUCUUUGUCCAAGAUCUGAUGACUGGGGUUUGUCGUGAAUUGGAAGAGUGGGUUGGAGCUAAUGGGAAAAUUGAUGAAUUUGAGCAAGACUUGGAAAUUUUUGAUCUUCAAGAGCCCUUGCCAAAUGAAUUAGAUAACCAGAAGAUGAUUUCCUUGGAUAAAUUUGAUGUCCUCUUGGCUGAACAUAAGGUUGAAGAAGCACUAGAGAUUUUAGAUGCUGAAGAGAGAAACUAUCCUGAACUUAAGAGCUCUGCUGAAGCUUCAUCAGCUGAAGCAUCAUCGUUUAAGACUGCUUUCUUGAAAAGAAAGGCAGUGCUUGAGGAUCAGCUGGUUAAGAUUACUGAACAACCUUCAAUUGGAGUUCCCGAACUGAAGAAGGCCUUGUCUGGUUUAAUCAGACUUGGAAAGGGUCCUUUAGCUCACCAAUUAAUGCUGAAAUCUUAUGGGUUCCGUCUUCAAAGGAGAUUAGAGGCUUAUCUUCCUGCAUGUUCUGUAUGUCCCAAAGUAUUUCCAGCCACAAUAUCUAAGCUUGUUUUUUCAACAAUCUCCCUGGCAGCAAAAGACUCUGGUUCAAUAUUUGGUGACAAUCCUGUAUUUACCAACAGAGUAGUUCAAUGGGGGGAGUGGAAGAUUGAAUUUUUUGUACGGCUGGUGAAGGAGAAUGCACCACCUUCAGAAACAAUUUCUGCUUUACGUGCAGCCUGUGUUUGUGGUCAGGCAAGUCUUAACUACUGUUCAAUCUUGGAAUCACAAGGCCUGAAAUUUUCCAAGUUGCUUUUGGUGCUCCUGCGACCAUACAUUGAGGAAGUCUUGGAGUUCAAUUUUAGACGGGCUAGAAAAACGGUAUUCCACUUGGAGGAAAUUGAUAAAGGCUUGCCGUUGUCCCCUCACUUUAUAUCUCCGUUGUCUGAAAUUGCAGUGUCAUCAGAUAGUGUGCUUGUUGAUAGCGGAAUGCGAUUUAUGCAAAUUGUUGAAGAUAUUCUGGAUCAGAUAACCCCCCUGGUUGUUUUGCAUUACGGAGGAAAUGUAUUAACUAGAAUUUCACAUUUGUUUGAUGUAUACAUGGAUGCACUGAAUAGAGCUCUACCAGGCCCCUCAGAUGACGACAAUCUUACAGAGCUGAAGGAGGUCAUACCCUUUAGAGCUGAGACAGAUUCAGAACAACUUGCGCUUUUAGGAAUAGCAUUCACGAUUAUGGACGAACUCUUACCAAAUAUUGUAUUGAAAGUUUGGAAUUCAAGGAAUGACAACAAAGAAUUAGGAGAUGGGAACAUUAUGCCUAAUGCAAGCACUGCCCCUGAACUAAAAGAUUGGAAGCGCCAUCUUCAACAUUCAUUUGACAAACUUAGGGAUCAUUUUUGUCGGCAAUAUGUUCUGACUUUCAUUUAUUCAAGAGAAGGCAAAACACGAUUAGAUGGACAAAUUUAUAUUAGUGGCAAUGAAGAAUAUUUACAGUCGGAAUCAGAGCCUUUGCCAUCACUUCCAUUUCAGGCAUUGUUUGCAAAGCUUCAGCAGUUGGCUACUGUGGCAGGAGAUGUGCUCCUUGGAAAAGAAAAGUUGCAGAAAAUUUUGCUUGCUAGAUUGACUGAGACAGUUGUGAUAUGGUUGUCUGAUGAACAAGAAUUCUGGGGUGUUUUUGAGAAUGAAUCAUCUCCAGUUCAGCCACUGGGGCUGCAACAGCUCAUUCUUGAUAUGCAUUUCACUGUUGAAAUUGCACGGUAUGCGGGUUAUCCAUCUCGCAAUGUACACCAGAUAGCAUCGGCCAUAAUUGCCAGAGCAAUCAGGACCUUCUCUGCUCGAGGCAUAAACCCACAAAGUGUACUUCCCGAGGAUGAAUGGUUUGUUGAAACUGCAAAAUCAGCCAUACAUAAACUUCUAUCAGGAGGUUCUGGGUCGGAUGUAUCUGAUAUUGAUGAUGAGGAGCAUAUCAUCCUAAAUGAAGAGGAUGUCUCAGAUACUGUUUCUUCGCUUUCAACUGUAGAAUCCUUUGAAUCUUUCGCUUCUGCAAGUAUGGCUGAACUUGAAAGUCCACACUUCACUGAUCCUGAGGCUUAACUCUUCAAGUUUUGCAUUAUUGGCAGUUGGAAAACGGAUCAGUUCUGGGGAUGAUUUUGAGUUCAAUAACAUGGGUUACUGAAAAUCAUGCAAAUCAGAGGAGAAACGUAUCAGCAAAUGUUGCAGUAGUGAUGGAUGACGAAGAUUAGUUUGUAUGCUGUAGUAUUUAUACAUUGAUAUACCUUUAAAACUGCCUUCUCCAUGCAGGAUUUUAGUUAUUCAUGAAAGCUAGUGCUCCUCUCUCUAACUUAAGAAAUAUAUGAAUUACUUUGUACACGAAUCAAGAUCAUUUUAGCCAUUGGAUCGGAGCGAUCUGCAUAAGGUUACAAAUGAGCCCAGCUUAAAUUUGAUAUUGGAUAGCACGUUGAGUUUGCAAGCUCAAGAGUUGAGUAAAAUAUCAGUAGGUUUUAAAA